AUGGGCGCGCAGCAGUCCGCGCACCAUGGCCGCGGAGGCGUCAAGCUCCGCCGCCGCUCGAGCGGAAUGGGCGGAAUGACUCCGCACGAGCUGCAGUCGGCGGGAACCGACAUUUCGCACGCCGUCGCGCAACACCAGGUUCUGCAGCAGCAGCGCGCGGAGCACCAGCAGCGGCUUGCGCAAUCGCCGCAGGUGAAGGCGCAGGGGCAAGCGCAAGCGCAAUCUCUGCUCGCGCAGCAAUCACCAGGCGGAAGCCCUUUGGGAGGGACUGGUGCGGGUAGCGGCGGAGGGGGAAGCGCCGGAGGUGCGCCGGGUGUACCUCCGCGGGACUUUUCCGGAGGAUCGGAGUCGCGGCGCCGAACCAAGGUGUCAGCUUUGGAGGUGCCGCCAUGGGAGAUCGUGGCGCAUCUAACGGAGAGCGAUUGGAUCGCGCUGAAGGCGUGGAUCGAAGCGGGAUGGAGGUGCCGCAAGUGCGGGCACCUGCGCGACGACGGCGCGGACCACCCCAAGACGCUGGCGCUGCUGCACCGCUGCGGAAUCUUCCCCCCGCACCACCCGCACCUCCCCGCGCACACCCUCUCCCACACCUCCUCCGCGCCCGGGUCCCCCAGUUCCACCCAAUCCGGAGCUGCCAGGUGGCAGCAGCAGCAGGGCGGGGGUCAGGGGUCGGGUCAUCCCCCCUAUGGCGUUGUGGAAUAUUCCAAGCCAUCUCCUGACGGGCAGAUGGAAUUUUUAUCUGACCAUUCCGGUGGGAGGAGUUCCCGAGGCGGGUCGCCAAGUCACCCGAUGCUUCGCACCGGAACGGGCAGAACUAUGUCUUAUAUGGGCUCGCCGGGGCGGCAGCAUGGGGGGAUGAGCGGGGGAAUGGGGGGGGCGGAAGGGGCGGUCAUGGGGAGAAUCAGCCAGUCAACGCAUUAUGGGUCGGAAUACAGUGUGAGGGGGAUGGGGAGAGAUGGCAUGGGCGGGGGAGGCGGAGGAAUGGGUGGCGGAAUGGGCGGAGCAGGGGGAAUGGGUGCUCCGGAUGCCUGCCCGAGACACCUCGCCCAACCCCACCACCUCAUGAGCGGCGAGGGGCCUACCAGCAGAAGCUUCCACGAGAGUUCCUCUUGGGAAAUGCGGAGAGGAGGGGGAGGGGGGAUGGGCGCGGAGGGGGGAGGCGUGGGGGGAGCGGCGGGGGGAAUGGGGGGAGCGACGGGGAUGGGGGGAGGGGCAGGGGGGAUGUUGGGGGGACCACAGCGGCCGUUGAUGCGGACUAUGAGCAUGUCUGAGGCGCUGCAAAGGAAGCUGCUUGCUGCUAUCACUCGCGCACACCAAGUGUACUUUAUUGAUAAGGAGCCCAACGGCAGUCUCGUGUUUGACUACCUGCUGUCGGCGCUCCUGGAGGUGACCGAGUCCAGCUUUGGCUUCAUCUCCUCCGCGCUGCGCAAGGCCGAUGGCACGCCCUACCUCAAGACACAUGCAAUGACGAACGUGGCAUGGACCAAGGAGCUGCGGGCAUGGUAUGCGGCGAACGCGCACAAGGGGCUCGUGUUCACCAACAUGAACACGCUACACGGCGCUGUCGUGCUCACGGGGCAGCAGGUUCUCUCCAACGACGCCCGGAAUGAUCCUCGUGCCAGAGGAGUGCCACCAGGCCACCCUGUGAUUGAGAAGUUCAUGGGCAUCCCUCUGUAUACAGGCACGGAGCUGAUUGGGAUCUUUGGAGUGGCAAACCGAUUGCAGGGGUACGAUGAGCAGCUGGUGAAGGAGAUUGAGCCGCUGACAAUGACGAUUGCUCAGAUGAUCUAUGCGGUGAACGAGAGGAAGAGGAGAAAGGAGGCCGAGCUGCACCUCUCCAGCGUUGUGCAGGUGGCGAAGGAGGGCAUCAUGUCGCUCUCUCACAGCGGCCACGUCACAUCCAUGAACCUCUCAGCGCGGCAGAUGUUUGGCUACUCGCCCACCCCCUCCGACACCAACGGGAGCAGCAGCACCAACGGCGCUGCUGCUGCUGCUGUUGCGGCUGGGGGCAGCAUCAUCAGCCGUGACAGCAGCAACGUCACUCCGCCGCCCAACCUGCAGUUCCAGGAUCUGAUGGUGGAGAUCAACGGCCAGAGAGACUUUUUGGCUCGAGGGUUGGAUGCGGCGAGUGGCAAGGUGCACAAGGGCAUCGGGAGGCGUGUGGAUGGCAGCACGUUCCCUCUGGAGGUGUCGGUCUCCAAGGGCACAUAUGAUACCGUCUUCUAUGUGGCUGUUUUGCGAGAUAUCUCGGAACGGCUGGACGCUGAGAAGAAGCUCAAGGAGAGCGAGGAGCGGUGGCUGUACGCGCUGUCAGGCAGCGAUGACGGUGUGUGGGACUGGAACGUGCGUGACAACACCAUGUUCUUCUCCGACCGAUGGAAGCAGAUGCUGGGCUACGAGCCUGGCGACAUUGGCUCGACUUUGGAUGAGUGGGACCGGCUAUUGCACCCAGAGGAUAAGGACCGCGCGUAUGCAGACCUCAAGGAGCAUCUGGACGGUGUCACUGCGCAGUUUGUAAACGAGCAACGGCUCAGAUGCAAGGACGGCAGCUACAGUUGGUUCCUGCAUCGCGGGAAGGUGCUGAGCAAGACAGAGGACGGGGAGCCGCUGCGGUUUGUGGGCACACACACGGACAUCACAGAGAGAAAGAUGUUCGAACAGGGCAUGGUGCAGGCUAAGGACGAGGCUGAACGGGCAUCACAGGCCAAAGCAGGUGGGAGUGUGUGCCUGGCAGGAAGGGAAGGGGAGAUGGUGUACUUGCAUCCACAUGG